GUCGGCGCUCCCUCCAUUCGAAUUGCUCAAAAAUCCGAACUAAAAUACGAGUGUUUACCCCCUAAAAAAAUUGAGGAAAUUAACAAUUUUCUUGAAACAAAAGCCCCAAUAAACGAGCAGUAGAAACUCAUUUACUCAUCGCUCCUUUCUUUUGAAGAUCGAUCCCAACCCUUAUUCUUGGGUUCUUCCAGUUUGAGGAAAAUGUCGCUUAAAGAUGCAGAAAUGAAGUAUAACAGAGAAGAUGAGGAAGAUGAUGAUGGGGAUGGUAGGGGACUUGAGGCAUGGGAGAGGGACUAUGCUGAUGAGAGAUCGUGGGAGUCUCUUCAAGAGGACGAGUCUGGUCUUCUCCGCCCUAUUGACAACAAAACUCUCUACCAUGCUCAAUACAGGAGACGCCUUCGCACCACCACAACUGCUCGCAUCCAAAAGGGAUUGAUCCGCUACUUGUACAUUGUUAUUGACCUUUCACGGGCAGCAGGAGAGACGGAUUAUAAACCUAGUCGAAUGGUGGUGGUUGCUCGACAAGUGGAAGCUUUUAUCAGAGAAUUCUUUGAUCAAAAUCCCUUGAGUCAAGUUGGGUUAGUGACAUUAAAAGAUGGGGUUGCAAAUUCCCUGACAAGCCUUGGUGGGAGUCCCGAGUCGCAUAUCAAAGCUUUGAUGGGUAAGUUGACAAGCUCAGGUGACGCAUCCCUCCAGAAUGGGUUGGAUCUCGUACAGAGCCUCCUUAACCAAGUUCCUUCAUACGGUCACCGUGAAGUUCUUAUCUUGUAUUCUGCCCUUAGUACAUGUGAUCCAGGAGAAAUUAUUGAAACAAUACAAAAAUGCAAGGCAUCUAAAAUCAGGUGCUCUGUCAUCGGUCUCUCUGCUGAGCUCUACAUUUGCAAAUAUCUUUGUCAAGAAACUGGUGGAUCAUACUCAGUUGCACUAGAUGAGUUUCACUUGAAAGAGUUGAUCUUUGAGCAUGCACCUCCACCUCCGGCUAUAGCAGAAUUUGCUGUUGCAAAUUUGAUUAAGAUGGGUUUUCCUCAAAGAGCAGCAGAAGGCGUAAUUUCGAUAUGUUCUUGUCAUAAAGAGGCUAAGGUUGGCGGGGGUUACACUUGCCCAAGAUGCAAAGCUCGUGUUUGUGAAUUGCCCACAGAGUGCCAAAUAUGUGGCCUUACCCUUGUCUCUUCUCCUCAUUUAGCCAGAUCGUAUCACCACUUAUUUCCUAUAACACCUUUUGAUGAUGUUACACCUUCAGCCACAAAUAAUCCAAGCAAGCUUCCAAAAAUUUGCUUCGGUUGCCAGCUAAGUCUUCUAAAUCCUGGAAACAUGCCAGCUCCAUGUGUUUCCUGUCCGAAAUGCGAGCAAUUCUUUUGCCUCGAUUGUGACAUAUACAUACACGAGAGCCUGCAUAAUUGCCCAGGCUGCGAGAGCUUCCGACAUUCUAAAUCAGUUGUGGCCUGAGUGAGAGGACUGACAUAUUUUUGGCUGUGGUUCGUUUAAACAGUUUUACACUCUUCUGCCAUGAGAUAAAGAGUAUUAAAAAAAAUUAGUCUUGAUUUGAGCGGUAUAUUAGAUGAGGGUGUGUUGAUUUUGAUCAAAUUUAUUUUCGAGCCAGCUUAAUGAGUAUUCAAUUCCGUACUGCA